AUGUCGUUUUCUCCUUGGAGGAUGGGUGAUUUGAUAACAAUUGUCUAUCAUCAUGGAGGCAGCUUUGUUACAAAGAAUGAUGGCAGUGUAGUUUACGAAACAGACAAUACAGAUAAAUUAACUGGACUAGAUGAAGAUAGAUUGGACGUAUUUUCACUGAGGGAUUACUACAAGGAGCUCGGUUAUGCUGACAUUGUUGAAUGUUGGUGGCUUAUUCCUGGGAGACCUUUAAAGAAUGGACUGAGAGCACUUUUACAUGACAAAGAAUUGUUAGAGAUGUGCUAUCUUGCAAAAAUGAACCAAGGAAGAGUCCACUUAUAUUUUGAGCAUGGAGUUUCCCAACCUCAUGAUAAUGAAGUACCUGAGUUAAUAGAGUUUACUGCCAUUACUCCUGAAGAAGACAAGGAUGCACCUAUCACCAAACCAAAUCCAAUAGGAAGCUCAAAUGAUGUCUCAACUACAAAGUGCAAUGAAGAACCAGCAGUCCAGACCCAACCUGAAGUACUAGUUCAGGACCAAGAAGAUCCACCAGCUCAGGCCCAACCUGAGUCACCAACUCAGGCCCAACCCAAAUCACCAACUCAGGCCCAACCCAAGCCCACCUCAACCAAAUCCACCACCACCAACAUCAAAUCCAAACCUAAGGCAAAACCUAAACCCAAACCCAAACCCAAACUCACUACAUCCAACACUGCCAAGACCAACCACACAUCAUCUAAAUCUGCAAGCAAACCCAAACCCAAGAACAAACCCUCAUCAUCUAAAGUCACAAUCACUAAGCCUACAAACAAGCCUAAACCAAAAUCCACUUCAGUGAAUUCUGCCAAGACCAAACCUAUUACUAGAUCAUCUGCUAGAUCAGCAAGUAAAAUAGUGGAAAGUCAGGAUGGUGGAAACCGAACCAGCAGUAGUAGCGACUCAUAUGACUCUGUAGAAGACAGCCUAUAUAGGCCUGACCCAUUUGAAAGCUCAAGUGACUCUGAUAUUGAUGGUGGAAUUUCUGAAGCAAGGAAGAGGGACUUGAAGUUCAAGCAUGCACCGGGGUCUGCUUGA